CUACGAUUCAAGAUUAAGACAUAAGACAGGCUUAAGGGUCAGUAAAAGAUUGUUGUGAGUGUUUUUUGAAGUUCAAGAUUGAAGGAUUGAAUAUGUGUGAUACUGCAAAAUAUAUGGUAAGUUUCACUUCAGGUUGUGUCUGUGAUUCAAUGCAUAAUAUAAUUCUUGCAAGAUUCUGUUACAUAAUUGUUUUUUUAAAAGUAAUUAAGUGGAGUUAUAUCAGGUAGAUCUUAAAUAUAACUGCAUGAUUGCUUUAAAAUCAGUGUAAAUUAAGGUUGCCGCUUUUGCCUGAAGCAGCCAAAAGGAGUACAGGUGUUAGUAGUGUUACUACUUGUAUCGGUUGCGUGUUGUUAGCGUGUUUAAAUAAAGCUAUCCAUCUAUCUAUUUAUUCCACUGUCAGUACUAGACAAUAGUUCGCCAUGCAUGUAUGGUUUGUCGGCUCUGAACUACCUGAAAAGGAUUAUCUUUCGAUGUUUUUUUGCGAAGGCACUUGAUCAGUAAGUGAGUAGGCUCCUGACAAAGCUAAGAACCAUAUAGUAUUGCAGCGUCGAAAUGAUUCGUCCAUUUCAGCCGCGACAGUUCAGGCACAAACCAUCCACAUAUAAGCGUGUUAUAUCAGGGAGUUUAAGCUUCGCGUUCAAACAGCAAAUGGCAAACGCCAGGGGAAGAAAAAAUUUACGCUACAUACAAGGUAAUACUACUAAUGUAUGACGAUUCUUUUGAGAUAAGAACGAGAAGAUGAAGCGAAGAAGUUAAGCAAAAAUUCUGCCAAGUGGUGAAGUCUAAACUGCCUAUCAUGCAUUGCCAAUAACCAUGCAUAAAUUAAUCUUUAAAAAUAUGUGCUGAGGUUAGAAAUAUACGAAUGAAACAAAGAAACGUUCACAUUUAUAAGUGAGCCAAUUGUGUAUAUCCGCCAUAACUUUGAGCUUCAAUAACACUGAGUCCUGCAGCCUUUCAGUUUCAAAAAGCGACAUUGCAAUUCCGUUUCGAACACCGACUCCAUGUCACUGAAGCCUGGUUUCUAUAUGGUCGUAACGGUCGUAAAGAUUGAAUCACGAUCUUUCUCAUCAGCCGAAAUACAACAUUUUAGAAUUGAACAUAUACGCGGAAUGAUUAGAAUUAGAGAAUACUUAUGAUUUAUAUGUGAUUUACAGGUAUACAUAAACUAUAUUAAACUGGCCGUUGAGAAAGAUCGUUAGACGUUAUAAUUACUCUAUUUUUUUACGACCAUUUACGUCCAUAUCAUAGAAACCAGGCCUGAGUUUCAUGACAAAACACAUGUACAUUUACAUGUAUACGCACAGACAUGCACGAAUAGUUUCAUUGUUCAGUAUGCUUUCUUGUGACGUUUUUGGCAAGUUCGCUCAAAAAAAUGUACGUAAUACAAGACAAACCAAAGUCAAGUGGCGUUGCAAAUUAUGGUAAAGGCUUCAAUCAACAUUUAAUUAGUCAUAAGCUUGCAUAUAUUACAAUCGACUGGAGUUACAGAAUUGUAUCGGGUCACGAGACUUUUCUGAUCGAUCCUAAAGAAAUAAAACGCGGGAUGAGAGUUGGUAGUUUUCCUUCAUUUAUUUGCAAAAAAAGUAAUUCUUUAGCAAGAUACUGUUUACAAAACAAACAUGAAACUAAGUAAAAUGUGUUCAAUUAAACGGGUAUAAGCGUGCUGACGUGUUCGUAUCAGUGAACUCUAACGAUAACUUUGCCGCCAUCUUUAAAGCGACUUAUGAUGGCCGCCAUGUACGUAGGUAGGUGAGCACUAAAUAGCUGUAUUUCAACAGGGAAAAAAGCUAAAAACUUUCAGCAAUACUUGAAAUUUAAUACACUGAAACUUUGUUUCCAGAACGUGGAGCAGUUUUAAAGCAUUUUCUCUGGAGUCAAUGCAAAGUGCGAAGUUCAAACUUGUGUAAUAUCUUGAAUAGGAAAUUAAACUGUUAUACCCUGGAAGUUUGUGCUGUUAGUGGAUGUAAAAUACUUAGAACUUUAUCCAGGAAACCAGCUAGUUUAAAUCUUUAAACGGUUGAAGCCUUUUGAUAAAAAAGUACUUUUUCCCGCUAAUGUUCGCUCAAAAACAAACUUUUGACUGAAUUUCCCGCUCCUCGAAACUCCCCCUAGUUCUUUUGAAAGUUAAGUUAUCCCACGCUUGGCUUCAAAUUUGGCUUCAACCAACCAUAGGACUUGAUCAAUGAUCACUGGAGUAAUCGUUCCAGUUUCACGUUCCAGUUUCACUGGUUCGCAUGGAGAUUCUGUUCACUUCGCCUACACAUACCGGCUCUCGCCAAAAUGGCCGCCCGCGCUUCCUAGUAUUGACAGUGAUGUAAUCCAUGUUAAAAUUUUAUAAUCGUAGUAAAAUUAUCAUGAGGCGACGUCACGGAUAGGCCAGACAUCUCGGUAGGGGAACAUAUGAACAGACCCUGAAAAACUACCUUCUACCAAAGUUGGUGACUUCUAGAGACACGCAAAUUAUGCUGCAAGUUGUUUUAGAAUAAUAGGGGUUGUUUUGCAAACGGAAGUUGGAAAGCUCCGCCCGCGCGCGCGGCGUACACGCGGGUAAUGUCUCGAAAUAUGGCAUUGAGGCCUUGCGUCGCCCCUGAGGAUACUCUUGGGAGUAAUAGGGGUAUUUUUUGAGAAUAAUAAGAUAAAGUCAAGCGGAGAAUUAAGAAACAGAAUAAUGCGCGAAUUUUUCGAGCAAAAUGUGCGUGUCCCUAAGUAAUGUCACCACAAAAUACACGCCGUGUACAAAAUUUUUGCAACAUUGCCAAUUGUAUGUAUAAUUCAACAUAACACCGGUUUAUUAAUUAAAACGUCAGUUCAGAAUAAAGAAUCUUUUUUAAAAUUUGAAUGCGUCAGUGUUGAAAAAACCCCGUUAUGGGGGCUAGAUUAGAGUAUCGUCAUUUAAUAUUUUUAAACAGGGAAAUUGUAGUAAAUAAAACUGCAAGAUGGCCUGUAAUUGAGUAUUGAUUUAAUCGUUUAAUUUGGUGGUACUAGCUAUAGCAUUCGGAGAUAAAAGUUGUAAUUAUGGAUUGUUUAAUGUGGAAUACUUUGUUAAUGGUUGGUAAUUUAAAAUGUAUCUAAUUUAAUUAUAAUCAUAUGCUGUAUUUCUUAGACUCGUAUAUUUAAUUCAUUGUAAUAGUUCCGUUCAGCUGGCGUUUUAAAUUUACUAUUUGGAACCGAACAAUGUUUUGAAGAACGAGACGUUAUCCGAGUGCUUAUUUCAGUAUUCAGUUCAUGUACCGGUUAUAAACGAAUAUAUAGCUAUAUACACAGGACAGAUCGCUUGAGUUCAAUAAAGAAUUGUUAUCAAUGAGAGUACUUAUGUUGAAGAACUAAAAAAAAGAAAAUUCAAAAGAAGUUCUUUAAACAUGCAAUUGAAGCCACGAGAGUUUAUAGUGAGAGUUGAAUGCAGUCACGAAUCUAUUACAGCGCACACUACUCUAGAAGUAGAACAAAAAGUAGACGACUGUCCCAAUUAUGUUUCAACUUAAAUGAAAUAUACAUGCUAUAGUGUUGGGAAAGCGUUAAGAACUGCCAACAGAGGUUGCGUGUUGGUAUCAAUAUAUUACAAACACAAAUAUUUCUACUUUAUUACUGUUACAAACACAAAUAUUUCUAUCUAGACGUUUUCUCGAAAUUAGGCAUUAAUCCCUGUGUUUUGCAUAUUUUGUCGUUGCUUGAUCACUGCCUCGUCAUCAGUCAUUUUAAUUUAGAGGUUUCCCAAAUCCCUUGCAUUAUGUUUUCCAUGACCUUUGGCAGAAGCUUAUAGGAGCGCCGACUGUGUGCAACGUAGGAACAAAACAAAACAGGUCGGCAUCAAAUUUUAAAUUGAACUUUCCUUCUUUCCAUCUAGGCUUGUUUACUUUUCCUGUUUGCCGCAAUCUGCGUUGAAGCCAAGCCGUGCAUCACGCACCCGAAGCGUGGAAACAUCACCUAUUACAGGAAUAAAUUUUUGUUCGUCAGAGACCACGCCCCAAAACCACAGGGUGCAUCUGGCAGUCCCAGCCAGGCGGGCGCGGCCACACAGGGCACACCAGGGACAAAGAAAUGCCCUUGGACGUGGGAUAUUAACACGGACACGGCACGAAGACCCGUCGUCAUCGCUGUAGCGAAGUGUCAAAAUUGUGACGUGACGACCAAAUGCAGACAGGUCACCUACCGCCAUAGUGUUUUGAUUCAACGUAAAGAUUGUAGGACAGGGGAGAUGGUUUGGAGCUGGAGACUGAAAGAAUUACCAAUUGCAUACGUAUAUGAUAUAUAGAAAGUUGAACUCGUUCCAAACACACUCUGGUUAACAUUUUCUUGGUUAACUUAGAAAUAACCCUGAUUGGAUCCUCGAGUUAAGUUUUCUUUCUUCUACCAUAGUCGGGUUAAUUUGAUCAGGACUUUCUGGUUAUAUUAGCCAGACUAUGGUAGGACGUGAGGUAGAAUAGCCAGGGAAUUUAACCCAAAUACGGUCAUGUUCAGGUUAACCAUAAGAUUUUAACAAUUAGAGUGUAUAAAUUUAUAUCAAUUCAUUUAGGAAAAUUUAUUUAUUCAAAAAGUAUAGAUAGAUAGGAGAGUUUAAGCAUGGGCCCUUAUAGCAUCGCAUUUGAGCCAUCCAGUUACAAUUCAGUGAUCGGAAUGUUCCAUUGUCUUCAUUUUUAUUGUCUUGGAAAUUCCAAUAUUCUCGAUGCCAUCCGAUCAUUCGAAACUGUUUUGAUCCAUUUGUGAUGUUAUACAAAGAACUUGAUUCUACAAUCAAUGCAAUGGAAAUGUUUCCAAAAUAUUCUCACCAAUUAAUUUGCUCACACUGACCAAUUCUUCUGCUGAGUUUGAAAUUUUGAUGAAUUCCAGCAUAAUUGAUAAACUUUCUGUCCAAUGCACCAAUCACCUUUGGUUUUGGUGCAAUUGACCAAUCAUAGAGAGGCAGGAAGUGACAUUAUCAAACACACGAAGUUGCAGACAAUUGGUCAAACGUCUCAAAUGAAUUGGUAAAAUAUUUUGGAAAUAUCUCCAUUGUCACGAGUGUAAGGAUCGAUCGCCAUUUUCGUAUUCACCUAAUCCGUGUGACAGAUAUCGUAUUUUGACGAAGGAACCCUAAAGAAGAUGGCUUAAUUUGAAAAGAAAUUUCGUUUUAGAAAUUAUUAUUUUAUUUAUGAGCUAGGAAACUGUUGUUCUCAGCUAGUCAUAGUUUUUUUAUUAUGACUAUAAGCAUGUUUGGAUAAGCAUGUUGUAACUGUAAUAUUGAGAGAUGAAGCAGAAUUUUGGAGUAUUCCACAUUCGCAAGUAAAAAGCUUUUAAAAAAUCGACAUUCUUUGCGUUGUUUUUCUAAAAUAUUUUUCAUUCCAAAGCACUUAUUGAAAACAAGUUCCUCGUUGACGUUGAAAUCUUUUAUUCCUCAAAGAACUCCCCGCUCCAAAAUUUUGCAUCAUCUCCCGAUAAGUUGUUCAUUUCUAUGAAAUGUAAGAAAGUAAUUUACAUACUUGUAAAUCUUGUAAAUGAGUCAUAUAUUCAUUUAUAUAUUGUGAUCGAUUUUAUCGAUUAGGUAUUUCUAUAUAACGCAUCAGAACAGCUGAUCAAUAUGAACAUAUUUAACUUUUAAAGUAAAGUUUUUACGAUAUACAUGCAUAUACUAGAAUCAUUCAUUUAUACAUUGUAAUCGAUUUUAUCGAUUAGGUAUUUUUAUAACGCAUCAGAGCGGCUAGUCAAUAUGAACAUAUUAUUUAACUUUUAAAGUACAUUUUUAAAAUAUACAUGCAUGCAAUAUUCUUAAAAUUAUUUUUUAUGGAAUGUAAUAGUAUUUAAUACUGAUUUCUAAGUAGGUUUUCAUAUUUGCAUGAACAGUUUUAUACUAUAAAUAAAACGAUUUUAUACUAUAGUAUGUGUAAUAUCUGAAUUUUUUGUCUGUUUGUACAAGGGAGCAUGCUAGAAAUAUUCGUGUAAAUUUAUACUAACCUUUUAAUUACAUGUAAAUGUUUUCAAUUUUCAUCGGGCGCCAUUUUGAAUGUUGAAAGCGGU